AUGCUACCGCUAACUCAGCUGGUAGGCGGUAGCAUCUCAACGACCAGCGACAAAUUAUCUGUGAAUCACGAUAACCGACUGCACAUCCAAGAUAAAAAAACUAGUCGGAUUUUUCUCAUCGAUUCCGGAUCGGUGGGGUCAGUUAUACCUUGCACUCUGUCUCAACGCAAACUAAGCGAUGACAAACUGAAAUUUUAUGCCGCAAACCAGACUACCAUUCGAACCUUCGGAAAUCAGGACCUCGAACUCGACCUGGACCUGGAUCGUUCGUUUAAAUGGUCAUUUGUCAUCGCUGAUGUACAAACCGCAAUUAUUGGCGCUGACUUCCUAUCACAGUUCCAUUUGCUUAUUGACAUCAAGAAACAACGUCUCACCAACGGCACAAGCAUAUCUCUAAUCUCGCAGGAUUUUGUUUCUCCAAAUAUAAACAAAACGCAUCAAGGCAAGGACCGACACACCGAUAACUGCACCCCCGACAACACGAACUCAUCAGAUUCACCUUCAGUUCGCCACUACAUAACAACAACUGGAGUACCCGUAGCAGAUCGACCCAGGCGCCUGAUGGGUUAG